ACUGUCAAUCAAACAUUUGGAUGACGUAAGAUGGCCGUGCACUUGGACAGGAGAGGCGUGCAGUGCUGCCAAUCCCUAAAGAGGAAAGGUUGAUAUUUCGAUCUUGCAUGAGGAAAAUUACUUGUACGCCAUGAACAAGUGUUUCCUUCUUUUCUUGUUACUGUCUUGUGGAAAGGAUGAGGCUUUCGCUAUACAAGAAUGUGGUUCAGUUGUAAACAAUACACUGACAAGUCCUGGAUAUCCAAACAGUUACCCACCCAAUAUGGAUUGUAAUUACUCGAUUCCUAUUCCACCCGGUAUGAUGAUGGAAAUUAACUUCCACGAGUUUAACCUGGAGUUCAGCUUACCGGAAUGUAUCUGGACGGAUUAUUUGAAGGUUACUAAUGAGAACAACAAGAACUUUGGUGUGUAUUGUGGCCAAUGGACCGAGAAAGUAAUUCUUGUAACUGGAGACCUCGUUUUGAUAAUAUUUCACUCAAACGUCUUUUAUAACCAUUAUGAGGAAAAAGAAUUCCUAAUUUCUUUCACUGCCAUUCCACCUGAAAAUUUCACUAUUUCGGAAUGUGGAUCAGUGGUAAACAAUUCACUGACAAGUCCUGGAUAUCCAAACAGCUAUCCACGAAACAUGGAUUGUAAUUACACAGUUCGUAUUCCACGCGGUAUGGCGAUGAACAUUCAAUUUCAUGAUUUUGACUUGGAGAUUGAGCAUAAAUUUCCUUUGUGCGAGCUGCGAGACUUUUUAAGGAUUACAAAUGAGAAGAGCGAGAUUUUUGCUGUGUUCUGUGGUCCGAUACCUAGGCCCGGAGAUGAGGUUCUUGUAACAGGAGAAUAUGGAGUAAUAACAUUCCAUUCAGACUACAGUCUUCAAAGGAGAGGAUUUCACAUAUCUUUAGCUUUUAUUCCCCUUGUUGCACCCAAGGUCAUGUUAUCAACUUCUGUUAUACGAGCAGCACCAACCUUCAGACUGUCAAUUCCUGUCACUGGGACUCCUCCCAUAUACACAGCACUCAUGAGGAACUCUACAGUGCUGUUCAAUACAACAAACACUGCGAGUAUCUACUUAGAGAAGGAAGAAAGCUACUCUUGUGUGGCCAGCAGCGAGUACGGAAUUGACGUGAGGGAUUUCUCAGUCAUUUUCACAGACUGUGGACCGAACUGUGCAGCUGAUCAAUGGCAGCCUACUGGAAACACUUAUUCAUGCAAGAACUUAAAAUCACUCAUGGACAUCAGUGAAUGCGUUCCAACAAUUGCUGAAAGGAUAAUACUGUCGUCAAGCAACUUUUCAAUAUCUUCACUGGGAUUAUUUUCUAACCUCACAACUUUAACUUGGUUGGAUUUGCCUUCAAACAAUAUCGGAUCUCUAUCUGACGAAGUCUUUCCUACAAUUCAUCAUGUGAGGACACUGGAUUUGUCUUCAAACGGGAUCUCUCUUUUACCCGAUGGAAUAUUUGCCAAGCUGAUAAAUUUACAGUCCCUGUGUCUGAAGUCAAACACAAUUACAUUUCUAUCUGACGGAGUAUUUGCCAACCUGAAAAAUCUACAGCACCUAGAUUUGUCUUCAAACGCUAUUUCAAUCCUACCUGAGCGAUUCUUUGCCAAGCUUACAAAUUUGGAAAUCUUGGAUCUGUAUUCAAACGCCAUUGCAUCUCUACCUGUUGGAUUCGGAGCUAAUUUGUCGAGUCUCCGUGUCUUGGAUUUGUCUUCAAACGCUAUUGCACUUUUACCUCCUGGAAUAUUGGACAAUCUGACAAAUUUACAGGACUUGACUUUGUCUUCAAAUGCAAUUGCAUUUCUACCUGAAGGAAUAUUCGCCAACUUGAAAAAUCUGGACUCCCUGGCUUUGUCUUCAAACCCAAUUACAUUUCUACCUGAAGGAGUAUUCGCUAACUUGAAAAAUCUGGACUCCCUGUUUCUGUACUCAAACGCAAUUACAUCUCUACCUGAUGGAGUAUUUGCCAACCUGAAGAAUCUCCGAACCCUGGCUUUGUCUGCCACUGCUAUAUCAUUUCUACCUGACGGAUGUUUCGCCAAUCUCGGAAUUCUAAGGAAUCUGUUUUUGUCUUCAAACUCUUUGAAAUAUCUACCCAACGGAGUGUUUCACAACCUGGAAAAUCUAUUUGAGCUGGAUUUGGCUUCAAACGCUAUUGAAUGUCUUACUGCGGAUGUGUUUUCGACGCUUAAGGACCUCUUUAAUCUGAAUUUGUCUUCAAAUGCUAUUACAUCUCUACCUGACGGAGUGUUUGACAAUCUGGCAAAUCUUCGGUUAUUGGAUUUGUCUUUCAAUGCUAUUACAUUUUUACCUGAUAGAGCGUUUGCAAAUCUAACAGCAUUGUGGAAACUAUUUGCAAGCGGCAAUCGAUUGAAGAAUAUUCCAUAUCGAGCUUUCUUUAAUCUGUAUCCGCGGCAGAGUACCAUUUUUGAAGAUGAAGAGAUUAUAAUUUUAUCGGAUAAUCCUAUACAGACCAUCGGCCCAGAGGCAUUUAGACUCGGCACACUGAGUUUACAAGUAUAUUUGCUACGGACGAAGUUGAAGAUCUUUAGUCUUGAUUUCUUCAUUGGUGUCCACGGUUUGGAUUCCAAACUGUGAAGUAUCGUUUCA